AUGGACAAGUACUUGAAGCACAUCGAUAGUGCGUUGAAGCUGGCGAGGUAUGCUCUUGACCAUGGGGAGACGCCUGUGGCAUGUGUUUUUGUGCAUGAGAAGAGCGAUAGUGUGGUUGCCUAUGGUCUGAAUGACACUAAUGACUCGCUAAGUGGUACUGCACAUGCUGAGUUUGUGGCCAUGCGGAUGCUCAGAGACGCUGUACAGGCUCAAGGGUAUGCCUCGGUGCAAUUGAAGCAGUUGUUCAAAGAGAUUGUGUGCUACGUUACAGUCGAGCCUUGCAUUAUGUGUGCUUCUGCGUUGAAACAGAUGGGGAUUCAUAAAAUUGUAUUCGGUUGUGGGAAUGAUAGGUUUGGGGGUAACGGGACAGUUCUAUCAAUACACAGUGACAAGAGCACAACGGUUGCUGGCUCAACCGAGUACGAUAGAACAAUAUUGGUACCAGGUAUACGGCGUCGUGAAGCCAUCAUGUUACUGAGAUACUUCUACGUUAGGGAAAAUGAUCGUGCCCCCAAACCGCGUACUAAAGCGGAGAGGAACCUCGACAAGAACACAUUCCCACCUAUGCAAUGGUGCAACUACCUAACGAGAGAUGACUUCACCACUAUAUUUGGAGAGCCACUAAUAUCUAAAUAUGAUAAUAAUGAAGACCUGGCAGGCGAAACGAUUAACUGGGAUAUGAUUGAUAAUAGUCACGACAGUAUUAUCAAUGAACUUCAGCAAGAGUCCCAAAAUUUCGAACUUUUCCUGCAAAAUAAGAAACACAAACAUUCUACCUGA